UGCAGUCUGUAGCAGAGAUGAAGCACCGAGUCGUUCAUCUGCUGUGCGUGUUGGGACUCUUUAGCAAAGUUUUUAUGUCAAGACUUCUGCAAAGGACUAACCUGAGCAUCCUCCCUUGUGGCUCCUUUGAUGAACCUCCUCUGUCCUCGUUCCUCAAGGAGCAUGUUAAGGACCUCUGCUUACAUCUCAUGUCUGACUGCUCUGAUACAAACAGAGCAGGAUGUGACUACAGCCGUGGGAGACGAGGCUUGUUUAAGCUGCCAGCUGCUGAAAUCUAAAGAAAUUCUCCAGAUCACGCAGCAGAAAGUUUUACCUGAGGGGGAGGAUAAUGUCGCUACCUUCAACAAGUACUUUGGUCGAAGGGUGAAUGCUGAUUAUCAAGGAAAAGUGGAGAUUCAAGAGAGUGCACUGCAGAACUUUUCCAUGUCUAUCAAGAACACAACAGAGCUGGAUGAAGGCUGCUAUCGCUGUGUGUUCAGCUCCUACCGUGCAGGUGCCCUCAUUGGUACAACCUGCCUCCAAGUGUACGAGCUGCAUGAACCUGUUCUCCAUGUGGGAGCAUCAGGCUCUGAGGAGACAGUGGUGUCCUGCUCGGCCACAGGUCGACCUGCUCCCACAGUCACAUUAACUGUCCUGAAACGCAAAGUCCACUUUUCUAAAACCAGCUCCGUCAGUGUGAACAACACCAACGGUACAGUCACCGUCACCUCUACAGCUGUGCUGACUCGUCUCCAUGACAUGGACACAGAGGUUAGAUGUGCAGUGCGAGUGCUCUCUGCUGCUCAGAAAGAGGAGGUCAGGAUCAUUCCUGCUGAAGUCAAACAGUCUGCUGAAGGUUCCUCUUGGAUUAUUAUUCUUAUACUGGUCCCUGGACUGGUCAUUGGUUGUGUUGCAGUAAUCAUGCCAGUCCUGCUGAUACGAAUACUAUGGAACAGUUCUUUCAGUUCGUCCCUCAGAGACCCAGAGGAGAUCAAGACACCACAAAAACCAAACAGAAAAACUGAGAUGAAAAUACCUUUAAUGCAGGAAGAGAACGAGCUAAGACAAGAACACGGAUGUCUACUGGAAAAAUGAAAAGUGUGAAGCACCCAAGGAGGUUUUGUCCUUAAUAGGAAUUAACCAACAGCUGUUUUUACAAUAGUCAAUGAUUUAGUGAAACAGGAUCCUACAGUACAAGACUGAGGUGGUCAGGCAGCUGAACUUGAAAACUGCGUCCUGGAGCUGAAUUAACAGAUGUUUACUCAAAUAUAGGAUCUAUCAAGGUGCCAUGUGAAGCAUUUUUUUGUCUUAUUCCAAAAUGAUGACCUGGAUCAUCAUCUACUCUAGAGCUUUUCGUAUAUAUAAAGUUUAAAUUUGACUUUGUUUUAUUGUCAUUCACAUUCCACUUUACUGUGCAAAGGGAACGAAAUUUCAUUUCAAUGACUCAGAAUAGUGCAGAAUAAAAAAAUUUAAACAGCAGCAUGUGUUUACAUGGAAAAAUGAAUAAUUAAAAAGUGCAGACAUAAAUACUAUAUUAAGAUAUACAAUAUAUUGCAAUGUAUUUUCUUUUUAGGGUUAGGGUUAGGGUCGAAUGAGCAGUCCUGACUGGGUGUAAGUGCGUGUGGAAGGGAGGAUGGAGGGAACUGACUUUUUUUGUAAUGAUGGUAUUUUAAUCGAGAUUGUUUGAAUUAAUACAUUUUCAGAUUUUUCUGUAUAUUUGUACAUUUUGCACAUCUAAUUAAACUGUGAUUUUUUUUUGUUUCUCUA